CCGCCCUGCGCGGAGCCGCCGGCGACUCAGACCGAGCCGCCUCGGGAGCUGCUGCCGGAGCUGGUGCCCGCCAUGGGCACGGUGCACGGAAGGAUGCGCUGCAUCAAGAUCCUGCUGUUCAUCUUCAACCUGACCUUCUGGCUGGCAGGAUUGGCUGUCAUUGCCUUUGGUCUAUGGCUGCGAUUUGGUGGGGUUAUGGCAAACUUUGCUUCAGACAAAAAGUCUCCAGAGUAUUUCUUCAUGGGUCUCUACGUAUUGGUGGGAGCAGGGGCUCUCAUGACCACAGUUGGAUUUUUUGGGUGCUGUGGAGCAGCGCGGGAGUCUCAGUGCUUACUUGGAGCAUUCUUUGCUUGCUUGUUGGUGAUAUUUGCGGCUGAGAUCACUGCUGGAGUAUUUGCCUUUAUAGGCAAGAAAGUGGCAAUACAGGAAGCCCAGAAAAUCUAUGAAGAUGUUUAUGAUGACUAUAUGAAAAACCCUGGGGGAAAGGUCAACAGGACUAUCUAUCACUACCACUUGGCUCUCCAGUGCUGUGGUAAAGAUAACGUGGAACAAAUGGGAUUACCCUGUCCAGAGAAUAUUCAGAUGCCAAAAAACUGCCUGGUUGAAAUCCAGAAUGUAAUUGAUGCUAAUCUGCAUUUAGUUGGAAUUGUUGGAAUUGCAAUUGCUGGCAUCACAAUCUUUGGCAUGAUAUUCAGCAUGGUUCUGUGCUGUGUGAUCCGUAACACAAGAGACAUGAUCUAAAACUUUCACUGCACAACUAUGUCCCAGGAGUUCCAGACUAAGCUUUACAAGAAGUGCUCUUCUAUCCAAUUUAAUAAUUGUAAUGCAUUUUAAUUAGUGUUUUAACAUACUGAGAGGAAAAUAUCCCAUUAGCUGAGCAGGUGAAUUGUAUUAGUUGAGUAAAACUGAACAAAAAAGGGUUUUAAAAUGUCCUUUUUAAUGAAAAAAGCAAAUGUGCAUCUAAGACUAAUUUGAUUUUUAAUGUUUGUAUAUGUGCAAUUAAGAGUUUACACAUCUAAAAACAUUGUGUAAACACAUGCAUAUCACUCAUUACAAAUAUAUAUGCACAUGAGCAGGUACCUGUAUAUUCAGUACUGUGCAGUAUCUUGUUAGGUAAGUAUGUACAAAUGGAGUAUGUUUUUGUGUGCAUGUUCACAUGCAUAUUCUUCCAGAGUUUCACUAUGCAAGAGUGUACACAUACCCAGAGGUAUACAGGGCUUGAAACCCUUUCAUACUGAGCCCCUGUUUGCCAAGAAUUAGCAGAGGAACCAAUACCAGUUUAAAAAGUAAGACCUAUGAUCCAUUUUGUAACUGUUCUUUCCAGCACCCAAACAGAGUAGAAUUAAUAAAAUUGGAUUUAUUUUUUUUUUUAAUGUAAUGCCUAAGGGCCUGCUCCAGUGAACUUAAUGCAUGUGAGUAGACCCACUGACUUCACUGUCAUGCAGAGACUGGGUUUGUUGGGGGUUUUUUUAGGACUGGACCCUUCAUACAAAUGCAGAAAGCUCUGGGGGAGGCAACAUGUCCAAGGAGAUCCAGGGUAAAGGAAAAGGGGGAGAGGUGGGAAGCUCGCAAGAUAAUGCAGACAUUUGGCAGCAAUUGCAGUGUAAAGUGUGCUUAAGCUUCCCAAGCUAGCCUGAGACACACAAAUAUCUAUGAGUUAAAGGGGCCACUAAAAAUCUUUGUUCAGAAGUUCCUUUAUCCUGCAAGACUCUAUUUGGUAUAUAUGCUGGUGCAGGAGUGGAGCCUAUAUACAGAAAAGGUGCGGCUUUAUCAGAUACUCUGUAGAAUCUAACUGGCCUGUGGAAGCCAACUGUUGAGUGAAAAUGGUCAGGAAAAGACACACAGCACUUUAAUAUCCUUUGUUUCUGCUUCUGUGACUAUCACAGCUUCCACAUGGCUCUUACCUCAACCUCUCACCCAUUCUUGUGGGUGUAAGGGCAGGAAGGAAAGAUGGGACAUUUUUACAGAGCCAUAAAGUAAAUAUUUUUACCAGCACCUUUAGAUUGCAUGUCAGGCAUAAAAAUUACACUGUGUGCUUGAAAUACCUCAGAGCUUGCGUUUACAUGGUUUGUUUCUAUAUUUUUAUUUUUCUAUUUGUCAUAUUUAUUCAUAAGAGAAUGUUCCUUUUAAAGCAGCCUAGAAGGGAGAAAGAUUGCCCCCAGAAGGGGAACGAAAUUACAUCACAGGGUCAGAUCUUAAUUUUUGGCUUACUUGAGAUAAUUCUCCAUUUCAGGGAACAGCUUUUGCCUAACAAUAUCCACAUAGCAGCUGUGUCUCUCUGAUGAUCACUGGUUCAGAUUUCUUAUGCUAUUGUUCCCGGCACAAUGGGGGAAAGUUCAGCUAAACUACCUGUCUCGUUGAACUGAUCCAUGAUGUCUAACAGAACUUAGAAUUUACAAGUUAUGGGGUCUCUGUUUCACUGAAAUACAGUGGAAAAAAAUAGGAUUUCAGAAAGUAUGUGCAUUCUAGCAUGCGUGUUUGUGUGGCAUAUACAUCCUUCAUUAUAUUUAUCUCUCGUUCCCCAAAGAAAUUCAAACUCCCAUUACUUUUCUGUUCCCACAGGUUUGGAAAUAGUGUUGCUGUUCCAUGUACCAAAUCUAAUUGAUGCACCUUGCUGUCUUUUACAUAGAUCUCCCUUUUCUUAUUGUUCAGCCACAAACUGUGGCACUGAGACAGCUGGGAAGGCAGCAGGUGCUGCCAGCUGAGCAGUGUACAGGCCCAGCCUCAGCAGCUCUGCUGACAGGGAGGUGGUGUGUCCUGUGCCAAAGAAGAGUUAGGCUUGCAUCACUCUGCUCACAGCUGAUUAGCUAUGGAUGCCAUGAAAAAGUAGGGCCUGGGACCUUAUUCUGCAAGCAUCAGACCAGGAAAUAUGGCCCCAGUCUACUGUCUGCUCCUAAGAAAGGCUCAAGUGGGAGAAUGACACUGGCAGUAAAUUCUUGAGGGUCUGAAGCUGAAACUAAGUAAGUUUCUUGCAGCAGACAACUGACUUAGCCAAAGCAAUUUCCUGGAUCCUAGGUAUACUUGACACUGUCCCUACAACUGGUUCUGUUCUAAAUAGACAAGGGGACAGUAUAAAACCAGGGUGUCUUCUUCCAAGGUAAUACUGGCAGAAAGAAGAAACCUGUGUGAAAUGUCAUUUUUAUCAUUUAGAGCAAGACAGCUUUCCAGGAAAAUCAUUACAAAUAGCAUGAUAGGGAAGCUAAUGUUUCAGGUCCCAAGGUUAUUGCCCUAGAGGGAGAGAAAUUUAUUGCAAAUAAAGCUGUCUCCUGUUACACUCCCCCUCAUAAUAACAGUAUUUUAUUUAUCUUAAACACAUCUACAUAUAAUUGGUUUUAAUUCCUCAAAUUUGCAGCACCAGAAUGUAAUGAUAGGACCAGAGUUUACUUCUUUGUUUACUGUUUCUUGAGUAAGUUGGAAGAUGCCCACUUCUGCUCUUGAGAAGCACUACAUAAAAAGGCAGCUUGCAGAAACUUCUGUUGCUCCCACUGCCCUCCACUCCCCCAGAAGUAAAAAAACAUCUAAAUGCCUUAUGAAAACAGGGAAGAGUGGUGCAAAGAAACCUUCUGUAGAUUCAGACUUGAAUAAUUUAACUUUCCACUUUAGUGUUUUGGGUUUGUGGAAGGUUUUUUGUCUUCCUCUGGCCAGUGCAUUUGUUUUUUCAGAGCCUAAUUCCUGCUUAUUCUUUAGGGUUUACUGCUAUUUAGGUGUACAGGAUACUCACAUUGCAUAUCAGGAACCGAAUAAUACCAGUUACUGGUACUGCCUUUAACAGAAUUCGGAGAUACAGACUUUUGUUGUUUCCUGCUGUUGUGAAGUGCAUAAUAUAUUUGCAGUUUUUGCAUCUUAGUAACUGAAAGUCUUUUAACUUCUUAAGGGACAGAAAGUAUAGCUGUUCUUUCUCUUACAGUCAAAGCUGUAAGAAUUCUUUCCUAAUUGCUUUCAGAUCAUAGCUAGUUAACAACUCCAAUUUCUAUUUACUAGCUUUUUAAAUGUUGAGAUGUCACAGGUUAUGGUUAUCAAAACUGGAUAUAUAGUGCCCGCAGUUCAUUGUGCUGCUGCUCUUUCAAUUUCAGCUCUUGCAAGUGCAAAAUCUUUGGUCUUUGUCAGCGGUACAAAAUAAUUUCCAAGCAACUACACCAUAUGUCUUCAAUAAGAAAGCUUUUUAAAGAUAACUAAAUCCAAACCAGCAUCUAAGCCUCCUCAAAUACAGUUCUUGCUCCAGAAUUGCAUGCCAGGAUUUAAUUAACAAUCUCCAAUACUCGUAAUGCACCAGAUACACAGUAACUGCUGCAUAUGUUAGCAGAGCUACUCAUUUAGUGCUGUCCCUUGUACCUCUUUCAGAGGAAACUGACAAAAGAUAAAAUCCCUCCAGGUAAUUAUUCUGAAAGCAUAUCACACAGAUUUUCUCCUCCUGUCAAGCAGUUUGUUUUAAAGCAUAAAGAUGUAAACUGUUGAUAACAUUAUAUUUUUAAACAUUAUUAUUCACAUUUCCCUUGUCUAAUUUUUCUAGAGUAACUGACUUCAGGGGGUGCUUAAUUUGUUACAGGAAAACCUCAGCCAGUCUUGAUACCUUGCAGAGAUUGCACAAGAGCUGAUGAAGCACAGCUCUGUCACAUCCCUACAAUGAAGAUUCACAUUUCACUCUUCUUCAUACUGAAAGUGAUAGUGGUAGCAAAAUAUAUUUCAUAUGUGUUGAAAAAGAAAUUCAGUUCUCAUAAGCCUUCAAAUACUGUAUUUUACAGCCUUCGGAAGCUACAGAUUAACAGCAACAGAUGCCGUUUGUACAUAAAUAAAGCUUUUCAAUCUUCUUCCUCUCUUUUGGUGCUCCAGCCACUAGGUUCUCCAAAACACAAACCAGCUCCAAUAUAACGCACUUGUUUCUCUGGCACAAAUUCUGAUUUCGGACAGAGCUAGCAUAUCAGUUUAUGCUGCAAAACCUCUAGCAGAAUUACCUCUACGGCAGCUUUCUUUGAGAGAAAAUAAAAACUUAUUCUGUUGCUGAAAUCAGCUUUCAAUUCCCUUUACUCUAAUGUGCUCUGAAGUGGCAUUUUAUCAGCUCUUCUGUCUUGAAUUUGAAACUUUCUAAUAAAAGCAACCUGAAAUAAACGACUA